AUGGUGUAUGGAAUAAUAAUCCACUCGUCUGAACGCCACGAGAAAUACUAUUUCAGCUAUUACUACGACGCGGAGAAAAGUAAAGUAGACGUGGAGGAAGAGGAAAACGAUUGCAUCAGACAACAGACCAUUAUUAAAAGAGUCCUUGAAGAAAUAACUUAUUAUGAAAAUGAAAAAAUGAAAACUGAUAAUACGGCAAAAAAACACAGGGAGAAGUAUUUCGAUUUGCUGGACGCGUUCCUAUCAAAGAAUAACAAUGACGAAGGAAAAAUAAACGGUGAGGGUUUCUUCCGAAUUAUCAACCCCUCCCUCUUCAAAAAUAGGAUUAACGUUCUGUGGAAAGUUGUGAACAAAAUUUGCUACACCCUGGUAUUCUAUGCCCACGAAAACAUUCACCUGGCGGACUACUUCUUGCACACAUUUAUAAAUGCCCUCAGGGAGCAGCAUGAUUCAGUGAAGAGAAAAAAAUGCAAAAGUAACAUGGAACUUUUUCAUCCCGAUACUGUACUAGCCGUUCUGUACUUCUUCCUACCAAAAGGACAACUGCUGCUGAUGAAUGAGAACCAUGCAAAUUUUCUGAACAGCCAAGUUAAGCAGUUCCUCGCGGAUAAGGCACAAAUAAGUCCCAAGGAUUCCAAACUCGUUUGA